AUGGAUGAAGGUAAUCUAUAUAAUCAACCCGUUGUUAUAGAUAAUGGAUCUGGGUACAUCAAAGCUGGCUUUGCCGGCGAAGAAAGACCAAAAUGUUAUAGCCCUACCAUUGUUGGCAGGCCAAAAUAUCAAAAAGUAAUGGCUGGGCUGCUGCUACAAGCAAUUGAACCCAGUGUUCAGAGAUACAACAACGAUGAGGCAUAUAUCGGCUCAAUUGCACAACAGAAUAGAGGUCUACUUAAACUAGCGCACCCAAUUGAGCAUGGUGUAGUCAGCAAUUGGGACGAUAUGGAACGGAUCUGGCAUUACACCUACACUCAUGAUCUAAAAACUGGGCCAGAAGAUCAUCCGUUGCUCAUAACAGAGGCGCCAUUGAAUCCACGUGCUAAUCGUGACCAGAUGUGCCAGAUUUUGUUCGAAACUCUAGGAGUUCCAUGUGUCUAUGUAUCGAUUCAAGCUGUUCUCUCUUUGUAUGCCUCUGGACGCACAACAGGCGUGGUCGUGGAUAUUGGUGAUGGCGUGAGUCAUGUUGUUCCAGUUUAUGAUGGUUUCUCACUUCCAACGUCGGUCAAGCGCAUGGAUGUAGCUGGUAGAGACAUUACUGAACACUUAUCAUUCAAUAUUCGUCGCAUGUCAGGUGUUACCUUUCAAUCUAGUGCAGAGCUCGAUAUAGUCCGCGCAAUCAAGGAAAAGUCUUGCUUUGUUUCUAAAGAUCCGGCACGGGACGAGAAGCGAUACCUAGGAGUUCCAUACUCUCGGUACCUUUCACCAGUUAAUGAAGAGUCAGAUCUUUUCACUUCUUACAAAUUACCCGACGGGCACACACUCACGAUGGGAGUUGAACAAUUUAGAGCGCCUGAAAUUUUGUUCAAUCCUCUGCUUAUUGGUGAAGAAUCCCCUGGAAUUCAUGAACUUACAACCAUGGCAAUCGCUAAGACCGAUCUAGAUCUUCGACCUUCGCUCUAUCAGAAUAUUGUACUUUCUGGAGGUAGCACACUACUUAAAAACUUUGGGGAUAGGAUGAUUACGGAAUUGAAGAGCCAGCAGCUGUCGCUGACACAGGGCUGGACCAAUGGUUUGCAAAUGGAAAAUCACACGAAGAUUAAAAUCUUCGCCCCUCCCGAAAGAAAAUAUAGCACUUGGAUUGGCGGAUCGAUUUUGGCAGGACUAUCUACGUUCCGUAAGUUGUGGGUGUCAGCGCUGGAGUACGCUGCUGAUCCAGACAUCGUGCACCGAAAAUUCAUGUAA